AAAAAUUUUCUCCGAACAAAGCAAUCUUACCUUGGGCGUUGCCGUGAUAACGGUGAUUUGGAAAACGAUCGCUGCCAAGUCAUCAUCGUUAUUAUUUGAUCAAUCUUUCUCUCUGCUUCUUGUUCUGCUUCUGGACUGCUACAACUAACCUCAAUAAUGGAGAUUUCCAUAAAUGCCGCUAUCCUUUGUCCUCUUCCUUUCCCCAAAUCCAACACUGCACGCUGGAAACCCUUUAAAGCUCCUUCACUUCGCUUUCGCUUCUUGAGGAAGAACGGGGAUGCCAAUGGCUUAUUUAGAGCUCACUCAAAAUUGGAGGUAGAAGAUCAUGACAAUGCAGAGAUGCCUCAGGAAAAUUUUAAGGAAUCUGAUUUUGAAUCAGAAGUGAAACACAAUCAUAUAUGGCAGCUCUUCAAAGAGGCUCAGCAGAAUAUUUUAUACUUAAACAAUCAACGUCUCCUGGCUGUUGAAGAAUUAAACAGAGCAAACCAAGAGAAACAGUUGUUGCUUGACAGAAUAGAGCAAUUGGAGGCAGAAAAACGAGCUGGUGUAGGAAAAGAUAAACAAUCUUUGUGCUGCGAAUUGCUGCUUCGGAUUGACUCGAUGGUCCUCACUGGCAUGAUUAACACUGCAGAGGCGUCGAAUUUGAGAAAGGCUGUCAUGGAUUACAAAAUUAGUGUAGCUGAUAUUUCCUUAGACAAUGUGCAGAAAAGUGACGCUGAGCUUCUGUCAGAACUUCGUCACUUCUCAUAUGGGAGCAAAAAGAGUGGUUUUCACAUUAUCCAUAUUUGUACUGAAAUGGCACCAGUCGUAGAGGUUGGAUCCUUGGCAUCAUAUGUGACAGGAUUAUCUUGUGCACUACUGAGAGCAGGCCACUUGGUAGAGGUUAUUUUGCCAAAGUAUGCAUGUCUGAACCUCAGUGAAAUUCAAGGGUUGCGAGAAAUUGAGGCAGAGUCUUAUUCUUAUUUUGAUGGUCAAUUGCAUGGAAACAAAAUUUGGACAGGAGUUGUCAAUGGCAUAGGAGUUACUUUUAUUCAACCUUUGUACUACUCAUCCUUUUUUAACCGUGAGAAGGUAUAUGGCUACUCAGAUGACUUUGAACGGUUUUCCUAUUUUUCUCGUGCUUCAUUGGAUUAUAUAACAAAAUCUGGAAAGCAGCCUGAUGUGUUACACAUACAUAACUGGGAGACUGCUAUUGUUGGACCACUUUUCUGGGAUAUUUUCGUUAAACAGGGGCUUGGGGAUACCAGAAUAUUGUUGACAUGUCAUGGCUUUGAUUCACAGUGCCUUGAGCAACCUGAUAAGCUAGCACUUUGUGGACUUGAUCCUAGUAGGCUUCAUCGUCCUGAUCGCUUGCAAGAUAAUGCUAAGACACAUCUUGUCAAUAUUCUGAAGGGUGGAGUUGUAUACUCUAAUAAAGUUGCGAUAGUGUCAUCCAUGAAUUCAAAAAACAGGAUUAUUCAUAGUUUGAAUCAUGGAUUAGAACCUACCCUAUCCAUUCACAGUGACAAGUUGCUUGUUACUCCUUGUGGAUUUGACAACUCCACCUGGGAUCCUUCCAAAGACAAAUUUCUUCCCCAAAAUUAUAGUGAAGAUGACUUGAAGGGGAAAGCUGUUUGCAGAGUUGCAUUGCAACAACGCCUGGGGUUAUCUGAAAAUUCUUCUACCGUUCUUGUAGGAUGCAUCUUCUCAGAAUUAUCAGAUUUUGAAGUGGAUAACCUGAAGGCCGUUGUUUGGAAUGCUACCAGGAACUCUGUCCAGGUUCUUACUUCUAUCAGGAUCAUGUAUUUCCAUUGUUUUAUCUUCAUGGGAAGCAAAAUGCCUAGUGCAAACAGGGCACUAGAAUCUCUUCAGAAAGCGCUCCAGGGUGAAAAUAUGAGAUUCAUGAACAAAUAUGAUGAAGCUCUAUCACAUCUAAUCAUUGCAGGAUCUGACAUAAUACUCUGCCAAUCUUUUCAUGAUCCUUUGCUCCAAAUGCCGCUCAAAGCUUUGAAAUAUGGAGCAGCUCCAAUUGCUGUAGCAUCCAAUGAGAACAGAUUCAGACCUGUUGCAGAUCAUGAUCAAGAGGCCACUAAAUUCUCCCAGUUUAUUAGCUCUACCUUUGGAAAUAUGUCUCUUAGUGAGGCCCUUAACGAAAUUAAAUACAACCCAUCAAAAUGGAAGCAAAGUAUGGUAACCUCCAUGGCAAUGGACUUCUCCUGGGAUGCAGAGUGCUGUGACAUUCAUGUUUCUGCGUACACAGUCCUAAAAAGUUUGUGAAGUAGGUGCAACUGUACAUGUCUCAUGUUCGCAUGUAUAUAUUAGACGUCCAUGUAGGUGAUUUCGUGGAUAGCUAAUUUCCCCAGCUCCAUCCAAGGCUACCGUGGAGUUCGUUAGGGAAGUUAUUUCAGCUUCAGCAUUGCCAUGUUCUGGCCUUCCAGGAUAUAAUGUGUAGUUCAGUGAGAUUCCACUUGGCCUUGUCUAUUCGCGGUGUAGUUUUUGUAUAUGUUUGGACUUUAGUACUACAGUGCUAUAACAAUAUUUUAAUAUUUUGUGGAAAAAUAGUAUUACUAUCGUAAGGUGGUUGACUGAAGAGCCGAGAAAGAUAUCUUAGUAGGGAUAGGGUUUUGUUGGUUAACCAUAAGAAGAGAGAUAAGAAGAGAGACUUAUGAGUAGAAGCUCUGUUUUAUAUUGAAAAAAUAAAGCCUUUUUGUAUUUAUUUUAUUUAAAAAAAAAAACGUAAGUAAAGUAAACGUGUUUGUUGA